UGUUAGUUCACCGAUCAUUCAAACCUAAUGUUCUUUGCUUCUCAACUCUUCCUCCCUGCGUUGCUGCCUUUCUUUCUUUCUUUCUUUCUUUCUGUCUUUGUUGUGUAGCUUAGCUAGCUCUCUGCAGCUACUGAUUCCAUUGGAACAUGUUACUUCUUCUUCUUCUUCUUCCUGAAUCCAAUUCGGUUAGGCAACAGUUUCCGUUCCAUGGAGGGAUCAACAUCAUCACCGGCGUCUUCGUCCCAAUCCCUCGCUUUCUACGACUUCCUGGAUCGCAUGCGAAACCCUGCUUCUCUCGAUCUUCUUCGAUCAAUUAAGAGCUUCAUUGUAUCAUUUUCAUUCUAUCCAUGCAAUCCUGAAAGUGAUGGGAAAAGAGUGCAAGAGUUCUUCUCAACAACAGAAACUGCAAUAAGAGAUCAUCCAUUGUGGAUGGGUGCCACUGAAGAAGAGAUUGACUGUGCAAUGGAGGGUUUGGAGAAAUAUAUAAUGACUAAAUUGUUCUCCCGGACAUUUUCUGCUUUGCCUGAGGAUGGAAGGAUUGAUAAUGACAUAUCAGAGAAAAUGUGCUUGCUGCAAACCUUUCUGAAGCCUGAACAUCUGGACAUACCAGCACUUCUUCGCAAUGAAGCUUCAUGGCUGCUGGCUGAGAAAGAAUUGAGGAAAAUCAAUGGUUUCAAAUCUCCUCGUGAGAAACUAUUGUGUAUAAUGAAUUGUUGUAAGGUCAUCAACAAUCUGCUGCUCAAUGCAACAAUUUCUGAAAAUCAUGUGCCAGCUGGGGCUGAUGACUUUCUCCCUGUGCUCAUAUAUGUUACAAUAAAGGCCAAUCCUCCCCAAUUACAUUCUAACCUGAAAUUCAUCCAGUUGUACCGAUGGCAAGCAAAACUCGUCUCAGAAGCUGCAUAUUAUUUCACAAAUCUUGUGUCAGCCAUGGCAUUUAUAGUUGAUUUAAAUGCUACAUCCCUUUCCAUGGAUGAAGACAAAUUUGAGGAAAACAUGGAAGCAGCCAAAUUGAAGAGCAAAUUAAAAAGUGAAGAAUAUCAGAUGAUCAAACAAGGGGAGGCCAAGUGCAGUUCAUCAGGCAAAAUGUGUGACGAAAUUGAAGAGACAAGAGUUAUGUCGCUUGAAUCAAAUUAUCCAUAUAUGGAAGCUCAGAGUCGAGAGUUGAAGGAGAGAGACGUUGACAGAUUGUUAAGUCUCUACAAGGAUUUAGUUUUGAAGUAUACAGCCUUGUGCAAAGCUAUUGAUUGCCUUCCAGUUUCAGAGAAAGAACCAAUUAUUAGACGCCUAAAGAAGCAGGAAACAGGCAGUCUGGUUGCACCGCAGGGCCAAUGAAUUGGAAUAGGUAAGUAGAAUGCACGCGAGUAACUCGAGCGAUUCAACUCACCAACGACUCGACACUGGUCACAGUACACUGAACUUCGAGAGCGCGUGACAUCUUCCUCCACAAUGUCAAGCGUGACCACCGCAGGCGAGAGAUCCGGGCCUUCGACAAGGUCACCAACCCGGAACAAGAUCUGCCACGUCAUCAGCGCCGGGAAGAGUGAAGGCGGAAACGUUAUGCGACCAUGGUCUGCCAGGAACCGCUGGACACAGUUGCGAAAGGGUGAGUCCAAGGAAGCGCCGGCGGCGGAAGGGAAAGUGAGAAAGUCGUGGAGAUCGGCGGUUACUCUUCUCUUCAUCCUCUUCGUAGGCCUCUCGUUGACCACCAUCACGAAGCCCAAGGAGGCUAGCCGGUCGGA